AUGGUUGGAAGCAAGAAGACGAGAGGCAGAAUCGCCGUAAUGGCUCGAUCCGCGAUGGCCCAAAGCCACUCCACCCACAAUCCUGCAAUCAACAUGGUGGCACCACCACCCCUCACCACCGUGCCACCUACCGGACUUGCAGUUGUGACCACUGCACCAGCCACCACUAUCGCCAUGUCAACCCAAGGCCCCGUGACCAGAUCUAGCCACCUUCAUGGCACCGCCGCCAAGCAUGGUGGAACUUCCCAUCAAGGUAGGCUCAUUACCACCGCCAACUUAGGCCCGAUCUUGGAGCAACUUCAAGCGUUCCCUCCAUUGCCUUCACACUCAACACACACUCUUGCGUACACCUCCAAUGAAACCCUAGCCCGUGUGCAAUUGGGCUCUACACACUUCUCUCCUCCCGAUCCACGAACUCAAGCAGACCAUAAUAUGAUAGUUUACCAGCUAGCUCAAAGAAUGGACAACCAGAGCAAUCUAAUAAGGCAGCUCCUGAACCAAAUAAGCUUGGCUCAAAACCUUGGCCUUGGACAACCGGGCAAAGAGAGAAGGAUGGAAGAACGUUCUGAUAGGCAGCUUGAUGGGUACCAAGCAGGUCGAGUAGGAGUAAGUAGACAAGGAGAGGGACAACAACGUGAUUGGCCUGCCGACAUGUCGCAAGCAUCUGCAAUCCACACUCAGAGCAGACAAAGUCAUCCAUCCAGAUUGAGUUUAAGGAACAACGUGCGCAAAAGGCUGGCCCCACGACUUGACAUCAAAGGCUGGACCCACGCCUGGGCCAGCAGGGAAAUGUGCAUCAAAGGCUAG